AUUCACAACAUCAGGAAAAUACAAAAGUUUUGGCCCAAAAAUUAAGUGGGCUUUUUUUCUUUUUUUCGAUAACUAGUAUUUAAAUUAUUAGAUCAACUGUUUGCACUACAAAGCCUUGACAAGAAUGAGGCGCUGGCCCACUAUUUAUUGUUUCUGCAGUAAGGAUUCACCCUCUUCAGAAAAUUAUUGUGUAACUUAUCUGCAUUUAAUCGUUGUUUUGAGCUCAAAAAGCACAUCGUAGCUGUAUGUAAACCAGGGAGCGAAAUGAACGGCUUUUUCACCGAUGCAAUUCGGUUACCGACGUUCACCAAAAAGAUCCGUUCAAAAACAACCUGUCGUUAUCGAACGACCCAUCACUAGUUGAAACAGGAAAUAUUUGUAUAAGGAAGUAGAGGAAGUAACGGACGUUAUCGUCGAAGAAACAUGUUUCAGAGCUGAGUGAGUUUUGACUUCCAUCUAAUAUGAGUCUCUCUGGGGAGAGGGAGGAGGAGACCACUGCCUCUAAAAUGAGUCUCUCUGGGGAGAGAAAGGAGGGGACUACUGCCUCUAAAAUGAGUCUCUCUGGGGAGAGAGGGGAGGAGACCACUGCCUCUAAAAUGAGUCUCUUUGAGAGAGAGGACGGGACCACUGACUCUAAAAUGACUCAAGACACCAGUUCAAAGCGUGUCCAGAAGCCCAGAGCAGAGUCACCUACAACCAGCCUGCUAUCAAUGAAGAGUGAUCAGCCACCUGCUUUCAGCCAGGAACCAUUACCAGAUGACAAUAAUGAAGUGGAGAGUUUGGACAGUGAGGAUGUAUUAAAGAUCACACACAACCUUCUGGACAGAAGAAGUCAAACUCUGCUGAUAGUCCAACAAGACAUUAAGGCUAAACUAAAACACAAGUAUCAACACAUAUCUGAAGGAAUUGGACACCAUGGAAAUCAAAGUUUGUUCAAGGACAUCUACACAGACCUCUACAUCACAGAGGGUGGAAGUGGAGGGGUCAGUAAUGAACAUGAGGUUAGACAGAUAGAGAUGGCAUCCAAGAAACGAACCACACAAGAGACACCAAUCAAAUGCAACGACAUCUUCAAGCCUUUACCUGGACAAGACAAACCAAUCAGAACUGUGCUGACCAAAGGAAUCGCUGGCAUUGGAAAAACAGUCUCUGUUCAGAAGGUCAUCCUUGACUGGGCAGAGGGAAAAGCAAAUCAGGACGUUCAUUUCAUGCUUCCUCUUCCUUUCCGUGAUCUAAACCUGAAAAAGGACCAAUACAGUCUGAUGCAACUUCUUUCCCACAACUUCUCAGAGAUGAAAGAGAUUGACAGCAUUGAAGAUGGUGAAACCAAAACUGUUUUCAUUUUUGAUGGUCUGGAUGAGUGUCGACUUCCUCUAGACUUCAAAAACAAUGAGAAGUGCUGUGAUGUCACGAAGCCAACCUCAGUGGACGUGCUGCUGACAAACCUCAUCAAGGGGAAUUUGCUUCCCUCUGCUCUACUCUGGAUAACUUCACGACCUGCAGCAGCCAAUCAGAUCCCUCCUGAGUGUGUUGACCAGAUGACAGAGGUACAAGGGUUCAAUGAUCCACAGAAGAAGGAGUACUUCAGGAAGAAAAUCACAGAUCAGAAACUGGCCAAUGAAAUCAUCAAACACAUGAAGACAUCAAGGAGCCUCCACAUCAUGUGCCACAUGCCAGUGUUCUGUUGGAUAUCAGCCACUGUCCUUGAGAUGAUGCUGAAAGAGGCAGAGAAGGAUGAAGUCCCCAAAACUCUGACCCAGAUGUACUCACACUUCAUUCUCAUCCAAAUCAUUGCGAAGAACAAGAAGUACCACAAAGCCACAGAGACAAACGCAAAGGAACUGUCUCAGUCAGACAAAGAGAUGAUCCUGAAACUGGCAAAACUUGCUUUCCAACAGCUGCAGAAGGGCAACCUGAUCUUCUAUGAGGAGGAACUGAGAGAGUGUGGCCUUGAUGUCACAGAGGCAUCAGAGUACUCAGCAUUGUGUACAGAGAUCUUUAAAGAGGAAUCUGGGCUGUACCAAGACAAGGUCUACAGCUUUGUGCAUCUGAGCAUUCAGGAGUUUCUAGCAGCAGUGCAUGCUUUAGAAUCAUGUCUGAACAAGAAGGAAAAUGUUUUCCCCACUAGUGAUGAUGAAGAGAAGGAGUCAAUCCAGUUGUCUGACUUCCACAGGAGAGCAGUGGACCAGGCCUUGAAGAGUGAGAAUGGACACCUGGACCUGUUCCUCCGCUUCCUUCUGGGUCUCUCACUGGAGUCCAAUCAGAAUCUGUUACGAGGCCUUCUGACACAGACAGGAAGUACAACACAGACCAAUGAGGAAACAGUUGAGAGAACAGUCAGGUACCUUUCAGACAAGAUCAAGGAGGAAUCCUCACCAGAAAGGAUCAUCAACUUGUUCCACUGUCUGAAUGAACUUGGUGCCAACUCUCUAGUUGAAGACAUGCAGACCUCCCUGCAUUCAGGAACUCUUUCAGAAACAAGACUAAAACCUGACCAAUGUUCAGCCCUGGCCUACCUGUUACUGAUGUCAGAGGAGGUGCUGGAGGAGUUUGACCUGAAGACAUACAACACAUCAGAGAAAGGUUAUCAGAGGUUGCUGCCCGUAGUGAAAACCUGCAAGAGAGCACUACUGGAUGGCUGUAAACUCACAUAUAAAUCCUGUGAGACUCUGGCCUCAGCUCUGCAGACACCAAACUCCCCCCUGAGAGAACUGGACCUCAGCGACAAUGACCUGGGAGACAGAGGAGUGGAGCUGCUCUGUGUUGGACUAACCAGUCCACUAUGCAACAUACAGACACUAGUACUGGUUGACUGUAAAAUCACACAUGAAUCCUGUGAGACUCUGACCUCAGCUCUGCAGACACCAAACUCCCCCUUGAGAGAACUGGACCUCAGCUACAAUGACCUGGGAGACAGAGGAGUGGAGCUGCUCUGUGUUGGACUAACCAGUCCACUCUGCAACAUACAGACACUAGUACUGGUUGACUGCAAAAUCACAUAUGAAUCCUGUGAGACUCUGGCCUCAGCUCUGCAGACACCAAACUCCCCCCUGAGAGAACUGGACCUCAGCUACAAUGACCUGGGAGACAGAGGAGUGAAGCUGCUCUGUGAUGGACUAACCAGUCCACUCUGCAACAUACAGACACUAGUUCUAGGUCAGUGUGGUCUGACAGAGGGUUGCUGUUCAGAUCUGGCCUCAGUCCUGAGUUCACCCAACUCACAACUGAAACAACUGGAGCUGAGAGACAAUGACCUGCAGGACUCAGGAGUUACACUGCUGUCUGCUGGACUGGAGGAUCCAGACUGUAAACUACACACACUGGGGUAAGUACAGCUGUUUCAGUCAGGUCGGUAAUGAGGUGAGUUACACUGCUGUCUGCUGGACUGGUGGAUCCAGACUGUAAACUACACACACUGGGGUAAGUACAGCUGUUUCAGUCAGGUCGGGACUGAGCUGAGUUAAACAAAUAAUCUAAUAUUUCAUCACAAUGUUUGUGUCAUGGACAAAUGGAUGGGUGUCCUACAAGAUGAUUGACACCAGUAAAUCAAAUCAAAUCAAAUGUAUUUAUAUAGCCCUUCGUACAUCAGCUGAUAUCUCAAAGUGCUGUACAGAAACCCAGCCUAAAACCCCAAACAGCUAGCAAUGCAGGUGUAGAAGCACGGUAGCUAGGAAAAACUCCCUAGAAAGGCCAAAACCUAGGAAGAAACCUAGAGGAACCAGGCUAUGUGGGGUGGCCAGUCCUCUUCUGGCUGUGCCGGGUGGAGAUUAUAACAGAACAUGGCCAAGAUGUUCAAAUGUUCAUAAAUGACCAGCAUGGUCGAAUAAUAAUAAGGAAGAACAGUUGAAACUGGAGCAGAGGCACAGUCAGGUGGAAGUUGAAACUGGAGCAGCAGCAUGGCCAGGUGGACUGGGGACAGCAAGGAGUCAUCAUAUCAGGUAGUCCUGGGGCAUGGUCCUAGGGCUCAGGUCAGUUGAAACUGGAACAGCAGCAUGGCCAGGUGGACUGGGGACAGCAAGGAGUCAUCAUGUCAGGUAGUCCUGGGGCAUGGUCCUAGGGCUCAGGUCCUCCGAGAGAGAGAAAGAAAGAGAGAAGGAGAGAAUUAGAGAACGCACACUUAGAUUCACACAGGACACCGAAUAGGACAGGAGAAGUACUCCAGAUAUAACAAACUGACCCCAGCCCCCCGACACAUAAACUACUGCAGCA